UUGUUUCUUUCUUUUCCUGUUUCCAUUUCUUUUUUUUUUUAAUUUUCUUUCACUUUCUCUGUCUUUCUUCUCUAAAGCCCAAGCAAACAAAUUAAAAUCUUCAUGGUCUCCUCAUUUUAAGACCCCAUCUCUCUCUCCCUCUUUCUCUCUCUCUCUCCCCUUUUUUUCUACAUCUCACUCGACGAACACUCUGUCUUCUGAGUUGUCUCUUGAUUCUUGAUUCUUGAUUCUGAGCCGCCCAUGAUGGACAAUGGUUUCUCUUCCCUUCGAAACGAUGCGUUUCCUGCUGGUCUCCGUGUUCUUGUUGUCGAUGACGAUCCCAUCUGUUUGAAAAUUCUUGAAAAGAUGCUCAAAAAGUGCUCUUAUGAAGUGACCACAUGCGCUUUAGCAAGAGAUGCUCUGCACUUGUUUCGUGAGAGGAAAGAUGGAUAUGACAUCGUGAUCAGUGAUGUCAACAUGCCUGACAUGGAUGGUUUUAAAUUUCUAGAACAUGUUGGACUGGAGAUGGAUCUUCCUGUAAUCAUGAUGUCUGUUGAUGCCGGAAGCAGCCGGGUUAUGAAAUGCCUUCAGCAUGGAGCCUGUGAUUAUCUUCUUAAGCCAAUACGAAUCAUAGAACUUCGGAAUAUAUGGAAGCAUGUAUCCAGAAAGAAAAUAAAUGAGGUAAGAGACAUUGAAAUUCUUGAAGGAAUGGAAACUAUCCAGACGACUAGAAAUGGAUUAGAUCAGCCUGAUUAUGGUCACUUGGUUUGUGGAGAAGAUCUGACUUCAGUCAAGAAAAGAAAAGAUAUUGAAGGCAAACAUGAUGACAAAGAUCCUUGUGACAAUUCUUCCACAAAGAAAGCCAGAGUAGUUUGGUCAGUAGACCUUCAUCAGAGAUUUGUCAAAGCUGUAAAUCAGAUAGGAUUUGAUAGAGCCAUGACGUGUUAUAUCUAUUUGGCAGAAGUUGGUCAGAAGGAAAUUCUUGACUUGAUGAACGUGCCAUGGUUGACAAGGGAAAAUGUUGCAAGUCACUUGCAGAAAUAUCGCAUUUAUCUGAGUAGAUUGCAGAAGCAAAUGGACCUGGAAAUUGCUUUUAACUGGAUAAAUGAUUCAGACUCACAUUCCAGAUCCGCUACAAGUGUUGGCACUCAGUACUCAUGCAACAUGUGGCACAAAGGUGUUUCAAAUGGUAGCUAUGGAUUUUCUGGCAAUAGCUCACCUCUCCACUACUUGGAACCCAGACUCUAUGGCAGAAGCUAUGUAAGUGAUGAAGAGGGAACUGUUUCAAAGCCUGUGAUAGCAUCCAAAAGAUCUUUAACUACUGAUGAUUCUGAUACUUGGAAGUCCAGGAGAUCACAGACUGAAUUUAGUUAUUCUAGCCCCUCUUGGGAAUCAGAAGUAAACUCCGCAGCAUUUGAUUCUACUUUCCUAUUUAUACCCUUAAGGGAUGAUGAAAAGAAACACUAAGAUAAUGAAGACGAGCGUAGGGAUGAUGAAGACGAGCAAACUUCAUUCAAAAACCAAUAAUGACUAAUGUCCUAGAUAUAAUCCUGUGUGUGUGUAUAAUAGCAUGUUAUUAUAGAUAAUUACGACUGAGACCGUAUAUUUUGCACCAGAAUGGGAAUCUGAUGAAUCAAAAUGAUACCAGAAGUCUUCUUACCCAUAAAUGUCAUAUAUUAUACCUUGAUUAGCAUGUGUUUAGGAAUAUGAAUCACGGUGUAUUUUGAGAUGUAUAGCAUGUUUAAAGAACCUGAAACUCUCUUUUUU